UGGGAUGGGAUGGGAAAAUAUUGAGAACCCUUUUCUGGAAUACCCAAAUUUAGCUCGAGUCCCUGCACUUCCCAGCCUCGGUACAACGCCUCAAAAAGCAAGUAAAUUAGGUACUGCGUCCAUCCAAAAGGAGAGUCAUCAGAGGAGAGGGCUAUAGUGGGGAUACGGCGUUAUUUCAUACUGUGGUAAUGGUGCAUAUCUCUCUCUCUCUCUCUCUCUCUCUUUCUCUCUCUGAUAGAUAUAGCCCUUUCCCUUUCUCUCUUUUUUGCUCUCUGUGUGCGUGUGCGUGUGCCUGUACUGUUGUAGUUGUUGUUGUUGAGGACGGUGUCGGUGCACAUAUUAUAUACAUUAGCUACCAUAGAUUGGCGUUUCUUUUUUCAUGCGCUCCUUUCCUUCUACUCCUACUCAUGGUACACACUUUUGCCGAUAUUGAUGAUACUUUGCCGUUCUCCUAUCAGCGUGUUACCUAGAAGCGGUAUUGCCGGUGAGCAAAGCGAGCAGU